ACAAUGAUUGUUUAAUAAGACGAUACGUGAACGGUGUUUCAACAGACCUUUGAGUAAUAAAUCUCAUCCUAUAUUGCAAUACGAGACUUUUUAUGUAACAUACUUUUCACGUCAUACGUACAAUACUUGUGUUUGACUAAGCUUGGAUGUUUCGCUACUUGAUUUGGUACCCUAAGUCUUGUAAGGCCUGAAUGACAUUUCUGGUGUUUAGAUGUCUCCAACUCCUCCAUCCAAACGACAAAAAAUACUGACCUCUACAGAAAACAACAAUAACAAUUUUCAUUCAAAUACCAGCAACAACUUGUCAAACGGGAUGGAAGCUAACGGAGAAGUUCCUGAUUUGGACGAAAGUCUUUAUAGUCGGCAGCUUUAUGUCUACGGGGCUGAAGGCAUGCGCCGAAUGGCAACAACAGACAUUCUAGUUAUUGGCCUGGAAGGACUUGGGCUCGAAGUCGCUAAAAAUAUCAUUCUAGCUGGAGUUAAAUCUGUAACGUUGUGUGAUGACACUCAAUUAUGUAUAGCUGACCUCACAUCUCACUACUUUGCGGACCUUAAUGACAUAGGUCAUCCACGUGCUGAAAUUUGUAAGAAUAAGUUAAGCGAGUUGAAUAAUCAUGUGUCUGUCCGCGUGUUAAACAAACAUAAACUUGGUGCUGAAGACUUUAGGAAGUUUAGUGUAGUGGUGCUGAACCAGGGAUCUGAGGACCUAUGUGUGGAGUAUGGAGACAUUUGUCGGAGUUUAGGUGUCAAAUUCGUCGUUGCUUCAACAUGUGGACUUUUUGGCAAAGUGUUUUGUGACUUUGGGACAGAUUUUGUAGUGUAUGACCCAACUGGUGAAGUUCCAUCUUCAGUCAUGAUUCAGCAAAUAGAGAAGAGCAAACAAGGACUUGUAACUUGUUUGGAGGAGACUCGUCAUGGGUUUCAAGACGGUGACUAUGUAACUUUUUCUGAAGUAAAAGGGAUGGUGGAGUUAAACGGUUGUCAACCCCGAAGAGUAACAGUUGUUGGACCUGAUGUAUUUUCCAUUGGUGACACGUCUAAUUUUAGUCCAUACAUAUCUGGUGGGAUGUGUACUCUUGUUAAAAUGCCAUUAAAAAUCAACUUUCUACCUUAUCGGACAGCUUAUUAUUCCCCAGUUUUCAUGACGACAGAUUUCGUUAAAACUGAGCGUCCCGCACAAAUUCAUCUCUUCUUCAAGGCCCUCAGUGAUUAUAAGAAUAGCAACGGAUCUCUUCCUAAACCUUGGUGCAGGACUGAUUCCCGUACUUUUGUGGACUAUGUCCAUAAAGUCAAUCGACAAAUGGAAAACACAAACGCUUCAGUCUCAUCAAUCGAUGAAAAACUAGCUAUGCUCUUUGGAUUCGUUUGUUCAGGUCAAUGUUCCCCCGUCUUGUCUUUUAUAGGGAGUUUCGCUGCCCAAGAAGUUAUGAAGGCUUGCAGCGGUAAGUUCACGCCGCUGCAACAGUGGAUGUAUUUCGAUGCAACUGAGUGCCUCUCGAUGAGUUCAGAUGAAGAUUUUGUAGUCUCAGAGAAUGAUGCAAUGCCAAUUGGAUCUCGGUAUGAUGGUCAGAUUGCCAUAUUCGGACGUGCGUUUCAAGAGAAGCUGAAAGGAUUGAAGUAUUUUAUUGUUGGUUCAGGUGCAAUUGGAUGCGAGCUGCUAAAAAACUUCUCGUUGAUGGGUGUUGGUGCAGGACCGUCUGGAAAAAUUGUUGUGACGGACAUGGAUCUCAUCGAAAGAUCAAACCUGAACAGACAGUUCCUGUUUCGUCCAUGGGAUAUCCAUAAAAUGAAGUCAGUCGUGGCAUCAGCCGCUGCUAAAUUGAUAAAUCCAGAGCUUAAUAUUGAAGCUCAUGAGAAUCGUGUUGGACCGGAGACGGAGAAAAUAUAUGACGACGAAUUCUUCGAGAAAUUGGAUGGAAUUGCUAAUGCGUUAGACAACGUUGAGGCCCGCACUUAUGUUGAUCGUCGUUGUGUUUAUUAUCGCAAACCUCUUUUAGAAUCCGGAACCCUGGGAACUAAGGGUAAUGUACAGGUUGUUAUCCCUUAUUUGACAGAAUCUUACUCAUCUUCACAAGACCCUCCAGAAAAAUCAUUCCCUGCGUGCACUCUGAAAAACUUCCCUUAUCUGAUUGAACAUACCCUCCAGUGGGCACGCGAUCUGUUUGAAGGACUUUUCGUCCACCAGUCACAAGCAAUGAGUUCGUUUUUACAGGAUCCACCUGGCUUUUUAGAACGAACAUUAUCAAAUCAAGGAAAUCAACCUUUGGAAACACUAGAAACUUUGAAAACAAAUUUAUUAGACAAAAGACCAAGUAGUUUCGAAGAUUGUGUCACUUGGGCUAGAUUACUCUGGCAGGAUUUGUUUUCAAACACAAUCGCACAACUUUUGUUCAAUUUCCCUCGUGACCAUGUCACUUCAACUGGUUCUGAUUUUUGGUCAGGAACCAAACGAUGCCCUCAUCCAUUGCAGUUUGAUGUAGAAGAUACAACACAUUUGGAGUUUAUUUCGGCGGCUUCAAACCUUCGCGCUGAAUGCUAUGGUAUCCCUCAAUGUCGAAACCUGUCCAAGAUUUCCGAAAUUGUUCAAAGUGUAGUUGUCCCUCCGUUUGUUCCUCGAUCAGGCGUACGGAUUGAUGUAACCGAGGCAGAGGCUCAAGCAAGGUCAGCUGCACCUAUGACUGAUACAUCUCGACUUGAAAAACUUCAGAAAGCUUUACGUAGCUUCAGCAACACUUCAACAUUGCAUAUAAACGUAAUUGAAUUUGAGAAAGAUGAUGAUACAAAUUUUCAUAUGGACUUCAUCACCACAGCAAGCAAUUUAAGGGCCGAGAAUUAUGAAAUCCCUCCAGCUGACCGACUAAAAAGUAAAUUAAUUGCUGGUAAAAUUAUCCCUGCAAUUGCAACUACAACUAGUUUGGUGGCUGGGCUGGUAUGCCUAGAACUACUUAAGCUUGUUCAAGGACACAAAAAGCUCGAACUGUUCAAAAAUGCUUACGUCGAUUUAGCGUUGCCCUUUACUUCAUUUUAUGAACCUGUAGCACCUAUCAAGUCAAAAUACUACGAUACAGAAUUUUCUUUAUGGGAUCGGUUCGAACUUUCAGGCCCUAUGACCUUGCAAGGUCUAAUUGAUUACUUCAAAGAUAGUUUGAAGUUAAAUGUAACAAUGCUAUCGCAAGAUGUUUCUAUGCUCUAUGCAUUCUUCAUGCCAGAAGCAAAGCGUAAGGAACGUCUAGUUAUGUCGUAAGUUCAUUUUAUAGUUUUGUUUCAUAUUUUACGGAUACCAUAGAUAACCGCAUAGUAUUUAGGUGACAGUUGACCAACGAUGUAUAUCUUUUUUGAAUUAAAUAGUUCGAAAGCACUUUUUGAGCAGAGAUGGAUAGUGAUGGUAGCCGUCAAUGGAAUAGAACUGCUAGCCACCACCCAUCUCCCCCCGAGAAAAUGCUUUUGACUUAGUUUCAAUAUCUAGGCAGAUAUACCCAAAGAGGCUGGUCAACUACAGUCCAAAACGUCAAUGGGAAGAUUCAAAUAACCAAUAUAUGUAGAUUAAAUGGUUCAAAUUUAUGAGAUUAAUUUGCCACUAAAUACAAUAUCAAAUCGAUUAGUUGUAGAUUAGUUGGUGACAAAACAAUUUUUGAUGUGGUGGGUGUUGUUUUCGUUCCAUGUGUUUCUCAGAGAGUAUGGAGUACCAUUGUUGUUUAUUGGACACUACUUAGUUGUCGGAAACAAGAAUUUAGAUUGAAAUGUUGGGAAAGAUUUGAGCUCAGAUGGAUGAUCUCAGUAGAGUUUCGUUCUCUAAUAUGGAUGGUUUAGUUCUGGAGCUUUCGUUGUCCUUCUGGAUAACAUCAGUAAAUAAUUCCGAUGGAAGCAAAGUACUCGAAUUUCUUCACAUUUAAUCAACAUCACUAAAAACAUAAAUUUGAAUUUUAUUUUGCAUGCAAUUAUUGCACUGAAAUUUCAACAGCUUGGUAGUUGGCAAAAUGGUUUUAGAAAAUGUAUGUAUUAAAUACUUGUUGUGUGUUGGUUCUCAGCCACAGUUACCAUGUGUAAAUGAAGUGUUAAGUCCGGAUACAUCUGAGCUGGAUUGGUACUUUUUAAUGACAAAGUGUAAAAUAUGGUAGUUCAGAAAUACAUCCUAUUUUCGUCAUAUUCCUAGAUUAAAAGGAUCGGGUUAUUAGAAAGGUUUGCUUAUUCGUCAGUCAGUCAUAAUCAGCGCAGAACCUGGCAUAUUUGUAUAUCGGUUCAAGUUGCCAUGCACUAUUAGCACAGCAUGACAAAAUCGUUAGAACAAACCAUAGACUAGUAGAAUUAUUGACCGUAAUAAUGGUAGUUUAAAGGAUUAGCUGUCGAAGUUACAAUUCAGUAAAUAAUUAUAGAUUAGUGGGAUAAUUUUAUAGGGUAAUCUAGAAACUUAAGAACUAAGUCAAGACAAGGAGUAAAUUUACUUGCGUCAUUGGAAACGAUUUAGAACACUGUCACUUGAAAGCCAACCAUUGUUUACGAUGAUCAAGCCUACCUCAACCAAGUAGUCUACAUUUACCUAUAUUAGCCAGUCGAACAGUCAAUAUCUUCAUGGACUGAUACCCAAGUCUUGGCUCGAACUCCGCUAGCUUCUAGACUACUACGCCAUCCGUUGUCGCUCAUCGAGGUAGUUGGUGGAUGAGGAUACGGAACACAUGUUCUCACCAUCUCAGUAGAUGUAUAUUCGCUAUAUUAUCUAUCCAUUAACCAGCAUUACCUCGUACUAUGGGUAUAACCCUAGAAUUGCUAUCUCAUAGUCUUCAAAAUAUACGAACGAUUGUUUGAAGACACAUUUAGUUGGAUAUUAGUAACCUAUAAAUAUACUUUUCUAAGAAUCACAUUUACAGCCAUGAAAUAGAAUGAAACAAUUUAGUUUUUAGUUCAAUUGUUGUUCCUAUCUACCAAGGACAAUCAUUUCGAACCAGCCAACAUUUCGCAAAUAUAUUCUCUCUGUAUAUUUUCAUAUGUUUCACAAAUUGUAUUUUCUUUUCUUUCUGUUCACUCAAAACCUAUUUGACUAAUACAUAUAAUAUUAUGGAGACUAACCGAUGUACAUGUGUUCCCGAUCCUACGUUGUUGUAGCCGACUAACUGACUGACGGAUACGUAUAAUAUCAUGAAAGCAUUGGUUAAGAGCUCAAGAUUUUUAUAAUACUCAAUCAGGUGUUAUUAUUAGUGUGAUUAACUUCUCUAAAGUUAGAUGUUUCGAAGUAUUUUUGUAUAUUAAACAUGAACCAUGUCUAUCAUUUCUUUGAAUGUUUUCAUUUCAAAUUAAUAUAAUUACAUCGUAAAUCUUGGAGUAACAUACAAGGAGCCCGUGCCGCUAGUUUAUGGGGUGAUCACUGGAUUCUCUUUCACUUUUACUUUAAUGCUAAGUGAUUAGAAAAUAUCAAAGUCCCAUAGAAUGAUUAUCCAGUUUUCUAUUGCUUAAAUGUGUAUUUUUUUCAGAUUAAAAGAUCUGGUGGAAGUAGUCAAUAAACGCAAAAUACCUCCCCAUGUUAAAGUACUGGUAUUUGAUGUCUGUUGCAGUGAUGAGCAUGAUAAAGAUGUUGAUGUGCCAUAUAUCCGCUAUGUACUGGAACCAGCCAAAUAAAGUUCAUUUAUUCAUGUCUUUCUCAAAUAAUACAGGUUUCAAAUUGAUGAUUACUCCUUUACGAAACCAAACUAUUUUUCACCCAUUUUAAUUUAUGGAAUAUUCCAAAGACAAUAUAUGCUUUCCCUAUUAUUUGUGUACUAGCUGUGUAUGAAUUAACACGCAAAUAAAAUGAAUAAUCAAUUAAUUUUUAUGUAUUCUGAGAAUACAGAAAGCUAUGGACAUAAUCUUUUUACUCAAUUUUACCGUAUAUCAAUUUGUAUAAUCUAAGUUGAUAUUUAUGUCGAGCAUCAGUUUUUUCUCUGCAAUCGACUCAUUUUUCGUAUAGAAAGCUUUAAAAUAUAUGUUUACUUCCGAAUGAUUUAACUUGAUGGAUUAUUUUCUGUAUCAGUUUUCUUUAUUCAAUGUUCUAAUUUCGGAGUGUUAGUUAUCAGCAAUAUUUACAAAUACAUGGUUUACGUUACUAGC